AUGAACUUUGAUGAGAAGUGGAUUAGAUGGAUAUCCUCCUUCUUUAAUUCUGCCCAACUUUAUGUUAUUUUGAAUGGUAGCCCUACAGAGAAUUUUUUCAUGGGGAAAGGGAUUCGCCACGGUGACCCAAUCUCUCCAAUGCUGUUUAUUUUGGCUGUGGAGAGCUUGAAAGCUAUUUUCACAAAAGCGAUUAACUUGGGCUUAUUAUCGAGUGUUCACAUUGAUGGUCGAGAGGAACCUAUUCUUAUUUUGCAUAUUCUGUCAUUGGUAUCAACAUUGACUCAUCCUCUCUCUAGAGCUUUUGGCAUUUUGGGUUGUAAAGUUGAAGAACUCCCGAUUACAUAUUUGGGUCUUCUAUUAUCGGAUAGGUCGGUUGGCAUUAAACUGUGGGAUCCAAUCGUUGCCAAUUUUUCUUGUCAGCUUUUAACAUGGAGGGGAAAUCUUUUAUCUCCCGCUGGCAGGCUCACGCUUAUUAAGUCUGUUCUCUAUAGUCUUCCUGUCUAUUAUUUGGGUUCUUUGCGUAUUCCGUGUUCUGUGGAUGAUUCUCUUAAGCGUAUUAUGAGAAGAUUUCUCUGGAAUGAUAAUGUUGACACCCGGGGAUUCAGUAAAGUUGCUUGUGUUGAUGUUUCUGUUCCUUUAAAAGAUGGAUGUCUUAAUAUUAAUCCUUUGAGAUCAAGGAAAAUUUGCUUAUUAAUGAAAUGGAUGUGGAAAUUGAUAGUGUCUGAUAGAAGCUAUCUAUGGUUUGUCGUUGUCUCGACUAGCUCUUCUUUAGAUUCAUGGUUUGAUAUUGAAUGUUUGAAUGAUCCUUUAUACACGUUAUUUCCUUCUCUUUUCCGCCUUAGCAGAAAUAAAGAAGAUUUCUUUGCUUCAGUUUAUGACCAGAAGCUUCAAAAUUUCGGAAAUCUUUGUUGGAAUAGAACACUUCAGAUUGAAGAGCAGGGUCAACUCGCACGCCUGGAGAGUUUGCUUCCAUAG